AUGAUACUAGCGCUUGUUCAGAUCUUAACAAUUUCUCUCUUCAGGGUACAGUCAGAGUACGUUCGAAGAUUUUUGCCAAGAGAAGUCGCACUGGUACAGAAUUUAAAGCACGAAUGCGUUCUAAGAGUCUAUCAGGUUGUCGAAAUCAGUCACUAUACAAUCUUUGUAACGGAAUACUGCGAUGGUGGUGAUUUGCUCCAGAAAAUAAAAAAAUUGAAAAGAGUCCCAGAAUCAGAUGCCAAGCUGCUCUUCCGUCAGCUUAUCGAAGCACUUAUCUACCUGCAAAAAUGUGACAUCGUUCAUCGCGAUUUGAAAUGCGAGAAUGUGCUUCUUGAUCGGCAUGAGAAUGUAAAGUUAGGCGACUUUGGUUUUGCUCGUUACUUGAAACCACACGAGAAGGCAAACACUUUCUGUGGCAGCAGAGCUUAUGUAGCACCGGAGAUUCUGAGAGCAAUCGCGUACACUGGUCAGACGGUUGACAUCUGGAGUGCCGGUGUAGUUUUGUAUGUAAUGGUGACAGGAGUGAUGCCGUACGAUGACCGAAAUCCACAGAAAAUGGUUGAGAGGCAACUAGGCCAUAGGAUCCGGUUCCCGAAGAUAGAGCUCAGUGUACAAGUGAAGACGUUGAUCUACGAAAUCCUACAUCCGUAUCCACCGUCACGACCUACGUACAAGGCGAUCUGUGCGACUCCUGUGAAGGCGGCAUUGAAACAAAAGGGCUUCAUUUGUGGUUUACCCAUAAUAGCUUGA